AUGAAUAAUUCCGUCUAUGGCGAUGGCUCGAACAUUUCAGAACUAGUUCAACCGCUCUGUGUCUCCCACAACCAAAGCACUUUCCCGCCACUGCGACUGGAAUCAAAAUCGCUGGUCACUUCAGCCACUAUGUUCGCUUUUGGAGUCAUGGGGAACCUCAUUGCCAUUGUUGUGUUAUGCAUCUCAAAGAAAGAGCAGAAGGAGACCACUUUCUAUACGCUGGUUGUUGGAAUGGCUAUCACGGACCUGUUGGGCACCUGUUUCACCAGCCCGGUGGUUAUCGCCACCUACAUAGCCCAGAGGUGGCCCGGUGGAGAGCUACUGUGUGACUUUUUCUCGUUCUCUAUGCUCUUUUUCGGCUCGGCUGGAAUGUCCAUUCUGUGCGCUAUGGCAGUGGAACGAUACCUGGCCAUAAACCACGCGUAUCUUUACUCCCAAUACAUUGACCGGACGACGGCGCGUUUGGCGCUCAUGGGCAUCUACCUAGCUAACAUUGUGCUGUGCAUCAUGCCCAGCUUUGGUUUCGGGAAGCAUGUGCGCCACUUCCCGGGCACUUGGUGUUUUUUGGACUGGAGGGCGACGGACCCCCUCGCUGCCUCGUACUCGUUUCUGUAUGGCGGGUUCAUGUUGGUGUUGAUUGCGGUGACAGUUCUGUGCAACUUCGCAGUGUGUCGGUCACUUGUGGGGAUGAGCCAGAAGACGCGGAUAGUGAGAGCGAAGGUGUCCGCGCAAGUAGGCUCACGGCGCGUGUUCCUGCCCUCCGUCACCUGCCCGUCCGCGGCUGAGAUCCAAAUGUUCUGGCUGCUGAUAUUUAUGACCAUCGUUUUCCUGGUGUGCUCCAUUCCUUUGGUGGUGCGCAUCUUUGUAAACCAGCUGUAUGGUCCUUCCAACAUCUGUGCCGGAGUGAAUCCAGAUUACCGCAGUGAUCUGAUGGCCAUUCGCUUCGCCUCGUUCAACCCCAUUCUGGACCCCUGGGUAUACAUCCUCUGUAGGAAGAACCUGUUGGUCAAGGGCUGCGAGAGGGUAAAGAAGACAGUUGGACAAGUCAAGGCGGGCCGCGGGCGUAAUUUAGGCUGGGUUGGCACUAGCAGUCAUCAUUCACUCCCGUCGUUUGAACACAGCAACGAGACCAGUUACGCGUCAUUACGCACGACCAACUACAGAAACGAUUCGGUGAACCAGGUUACCACCAAAAAUAAAUCGUUUACAGACUUUACCAUGCGACAAGCCUGGGACCUUGACACGGCGCAGGCGAACUUCCAUCCGUUUAGUGUAGACCAGACUACCGUGAUCGGUUUCGAGGCGGAGAUAGCGGUGGUGUCCAAACCGGCCAUGAUCGCGUCACAGCUCGGAAGCAGCGAGGCGCUUCCGGAGAUGUGCUCACCAGCAGGUCUUCAUAGCCACGUCAGUAAAGUGGACAUAGUCACCUGUACCUUCAGCACACUAAGCUCCUGUCAAUCGGAGAAGUGCCUCUGA